AUGGGCGGUGUGCUUCAACACAUCAAGCGCCUGGUGCAAUUGCAUCAAGGAGACAAUGAUGCACCUCCGGAUCGGUGGCAGAACAGGGACUUGAUUCCCCUCCCGCCUAGCCGACGUCGUUGGAGAGAUCUGGACUUUGUCGGUCUAUGGAGCACUGUUUUCCUGACCAUCUAUGGCUGGCAAGCGACUGCUUCUGUUCUGUCUUUCGGCCUCAGUGUUUGGCAAGCAGUAUUGUGCACCAUAAUUGCGCGUGUCAUCCUUUAUGCUAUUGUGCUCAGCCUUGGAUGGAUCGGUGGUGUGUGGCACAUCUCAUACACCGUCCAGGCUCGUUACACUUUCGGUAUAUGGGGAUCCAUGCUACCUAUUCUCAUUCGUGUCGGUGUAACCUGCGGUAAGUCUAGGGGUUCCUCUUGUCAUUGUCCCAAUGGACGCGAGGCUGAUUGUGGUCUGUCGGCAGUAUGGUAUGGCGUCCAGAGCUUCACUGGAGGUAUGCUGGUCAGCACCAUUCUCUCCACCAUAUUUCCUGGCUACCAAAACUUGCCCAACACUUUGCCGGCCUCGGCAUCCAUGACAACCAAGCAAUUCGUUGGCUUCAUCAUCUACAACGUCAUAGCCAUUCCUUUUCUGUACUUGCCUCCGGAUCGCCUGAGAAAACCCCUGCGCGCUGCUCUCAUCACUAGUACAAUCACUAUAUUUGGACUGUCAAUCGGCCUUAUGGCUGCAGCCGGAGGUGCCGGCUCGUACAUCAAAUCCCCAACGGCGGCCGAGCCGGGAUCAGAACUUGGCUGGGCUUUCGUCCGGGGCAUUACGACUCUCCUUGGCGGCAACGCCGUUGGUAUGACGAGCCAAACAGACUUCUCCCGCUUUGCGCGCCGGCCGGGGAAUCAGAUCUGGGGUCAAGCCUUUGGUGUGCUCUUCUUCGGCCUCGUGGUCCCCGUCUUUGGCGUCCUGGGCACCUCGGCUGCCGGCAAGCUCUACUGCGAUGUGACUGAGCUGGGGCUUUGGAACCCGCCCAAUAUUGUUCAGCUGUGGCUUGAUACUCAGUACCACAACCCCAAGCUCCGGGCGGCAUCAUUCUUCACCGCGCUUGGGCUCCUGCUGAACAUCCUGGCCCUGAACUCGGUUGAGAAUGGUGUGUCGGGAGGCAUGGACUUUGCGGGCCUGCUGCCCAAGUACAUCAAUAUCCGGCGUGGCUCACACCUAAUCGCCAUUGUCUCCAUUGCUCUCAACCCGUGGUACAUUAUCUCAAAGGCUUCCGCGUUCACAGCGGCAUUGAAUAGCUUUGGUAUUAUCCUAGCACCCAUGGUUGGUGUGUUCACUGCGGACUACUAUAUGGUGCGUAAUAGAAAGGUCAAGUUGAGUGACCUUUACACGCCGAGUCCUAAAGGCAUAUACUAUUUCUUCCACGGCUUCAAUCUGCGUUCGUACGCGGCCUGGAUCCUGGGAUUUGCACCCUCAAUCGGCGGAAUGGCGUCGGUUGACCCCAAGAACACCAUCCCUGAGGACUUGACUCGGGUCUUUUGGACCGGAUUCCUCUCAGGCUAUGCCAUCUCGUUCCUAGCACAUUGGGGACUAAGCGCUCUGUUGCCUCCGCCAGGGCUAGGAGAAGUUGACUCUUACGAUUCGUUCGGGACUUUUUCAAGCGAGGAGGCUGCGGCUUUAGGAAUUGAGUCUUAUCGGGGCCCUAGGGUCAGCACGGGUAAUGAAGAUGACGAGACUCAUCCUGAGAAGGAACCGACAGUCUCUGGAACUGCAGUGUAA